CACACCGUUCAAGUUUUUCUCAAAGUGAAAACGUCGGCCAUUUUGAGUCAACCAUUUUUGGUUUUGGAAUUAAAUAAAUUUACAAAAGACGCCAUGUUUGUCUGACAUCUUUAAAUUUUUAAUAAACAAUAAUAAAACAUUUUUUGUUUGUAUUUUAAUUUUCUUAUAAUUAUAAUUUUAAUUAUAGUGUGUGAAUUUAUGAUCAAAACAGAAAUAUUAUACCAAAGGUUUGAUUAAGUGAAUAUUCAUGUAUGAAUGUAAGUGUGUGAAUUGAAACAAAAAACAACAAAAAAGAAAGAAUUGCAAAUGAAAUUACAGAAAUUAUGCAUUCUGUGCUUUCAAAAUAAAGUAUCAUCACAAGAAACUAGUGAAAUGAACUCAAACUGAAACACCACCUACAACAACUGCUGACCUACCCCCAAUGCCAUUAUUAUUAUAAAAUAAAAGAUACAAAAAAAAAAAAAACAGAUAAAAUAUUGCGUCCUUAAGGUGUUUUAUAAAGUUAAUGAAUGAAUAUGGCUCAUCCAGACAUAAUGUGCGAGGUAGAGAUAUCUGAUUCAUCAAUAGUAGAAGUAGUAGAUACUGAACACUUUUCGGACAUGAAUGGAGUACCAUAUGAACACUAUGGUAUACAAGUGUGUGAUGAUCAAUACGAAGAAGUAACAUGUGAAACUGAAGAUUCUCAAGGUUUAAUGAUGCAAAAUAUUGAUGAUGAAGUAGUCUUACAAAGUGACUCUAAUAUGCAAGGACAUGAGGAUGGGUUGGAUGGUUCUAAUGAUCAUUUUCGUUCAUAUGCAGAUGCAUCACCUUUCGGCUCAGAUAUUUACGUUGAACAAAUACCUGGCCCUUCAAAGAAAAGAAAAACUGGUUCUACACCAAAACAACGACAUGUAAUAAGUCGACUAAGAACAUCAAAACCAGAAGAUGUCAUCACAACUGAAGAGUCUGCAGUAAAACCACGCCGUUGGGAGCAAAAACAAGUACAAAUCAAAACAAUGGAAGGCGAAUUCAGUGUAACAAUGUGGGCUUCGGGGGCAUCAGAUGAUGAAGAAGGAUCAAAUCCAGAACCCGAUCCUGAUUACACAGAGUAUAUGACUGGUGGAAAGAAACUAACACAAGACUGCGUACCUGGUCUUGAUUUAUCUGACCCGAAACAGUUGGCUGAAUUUGCAAGACCGGGUCAUAAAUUAAAACUUAAGAAGGGUAUAGCUUCACUGUCAUCAAACGCUACUCUUCCUUCGAACACCCAUUUGCCAAUUGAAUUGCACGAUAGAAAAAUUGCUUGUCCUCAUAAAGGCUGUAACAAAAUGUUCAGAGAUAAUUCUGCCAUGCGUAAGCACCUUCAUACACACGGCCCUCGCGUUCAUGUCUGUGCCGAAUGUGGCAAAGCAUUUGUUGAAAGCUCAAAAUUAAAACGGCACCAGUUAGUGCACACGGGAGAAAAGCCAUUUCAAUGUACCUUUGAGGGUUGUGGGAAACGAUUUUCGCUUGAUUUCAAUUUGCGGACUCACGUUCGGAUACAUACAGGUGACAGACCCUAUGUUUGUCCAUUUGAUGGAUGUAAUAAAAAGUUUGCCCAAUCGACCAAUCUGAAAUCACAUAUUCUAACGCAUGCGAAAGCAAAGCGUAACUCUCAAGCGAGUAAUAGAAAUUCCCUUCAACUUCCCAACCAGAGCUUCAUAAAGGUUGAAAUGUCGGAGCUGGAAUCUAAUUCCCCAUACAUAGUGUACACAGAAUGAAUGUCAAACAAGAAAUGUAGAAUUUUUUUUUUAUAAAUGUAUGAAUAUAAGAUAAUAUUGUAUUGUUUGAAUACCACUCACUCAAAAUAAGGACACAUAGGCAUUGGUAACAACAGCACAAUGUUACAAUGUAAUAAUAUUAAAAUUAUCAUCGAAAAAAAGGAUAAACAAAAAUUGUACGUUAAAAUUUUGUAAAUGAAAAAAAAAAAAAAUAUGAGUGGAAAAAAUCUUUCUAAUUAUUUUAUGAUGUAUGUAAUAAUAUUUUUCAACUGUAUUUUUAUUAAAACAUGAAUUGCUUAACAAUAAGAAAUCAAAACAAAACCUCAUUAUUUAUAAUUAUUAGUGAAACAGUCUACAAAUCAAAACAGAGAAGUAUAAGAAAUCAGAUCUUGGCUUAAAUAAUUAUCGUAUACUCGUAUUUAAUAUUUAAACUAGAAAGUUUCAUGAACAAACAAAAUUUUAACUUAAUUUUGUUUUCUUUUCAUACACAACUACUGUUAAAAAUUUAAUUUUGUUGUUUUUUUAAUUUUAGAAGGAAAAAAGAAAUUAAAAAAAAAAACAAUCGAAUUGUCAGAAUGUGAAAUACACAAGAUAUCAGUGAUAACAUGAAAAUACGGAGUAGACUAAGUGAAUUUUCGAUAAAAAAGGUAAAAAUUAAUUGUAAAAAAAAAAUAAUUGUAAAAACAAAAAAACAAUGAAAACAAAAGUAGGGAGCCAAUAUCGGAUGUUUUGUGAUGGGCAGGUACCAAAUAUGUUAACUAAAGUAAAUAUUUUUCUUUAAGUAAGUUAUAGAUGUAAACCACAAAAAUUAAGAAAGAAACAAAACAGUUAUGUGAAUCGAAACUGCAAACUAUAAAGAGAGAAUAAGCAUAGUGUUACAUAAGUAUCAAUUAUGUGUAAAAAAAUAAAUGAAUGAAAAAAAUAUAGGAUUUUUAAAACAAUCAA